GGUUCCGCCCACAACCGAGACAGCCGGGCGCGCGCUGUCGUCCACCGCCUCCACCCGCUACCAGGAGCUGCAGGAAUGACCGACAAUAUCCCCAUGCAGCCCGUGAGGCGGCCGAAAAGGCAAGACGGUAAACACAGAAAUGGGUGCUGCCCGUGGUCGAGAUGCUGCGGCAUGGGCGACUUCCGCCCCCGCACCGUCUGGCUCGGCCACCCGGAAAAGAGGGAGCAGAGGUACCCGAGGAACGUCAUUAACAACCAGAAGUACAACUUCUUCACCUUCCUGCCUGCGGUGCUGUUCAAUCAGUUCAAGUACUUCUUCAACUUGUACUUUUUGCUGUUGGCCUGCUCUCAAUUCAUCAAGGAGCUCCGGUUAGGUGCUCUCUACACCUACUGGGUCCCUCUGGGCCUUGUUUUGGCUAUUACCAUCAUGAGAGAGGCAGUUGAAGAAAUAAGAUGCUACAUUCGAGACAAAGAGAUGAACUCUCAGAUUUACAGCAAGCUUUCAACAAGAGGCACAGUGAAGGUGAAAAGCAGCGGUAUCCAAGUUGGAGAUCUUAUAAUAGUGGAAAAGAACCAGCGUGUUCCUGCUGACAUGAUCUUUUUAAGGACCUCUGAAAGAAAUGGCUCCUGUUUCCUGCGCACUGACCAGCUGGAUGGAGAGACGGACUGGAAACUACGCCUCCCAGUGGCCUGCACGCAGAGGCUGCCGACUGCUGCCGACCUUCUACAAAUCAGAUCAUAUGUGUACGCAGAAGAGCCAAACAUUGAUAUCCAUAACUUUAUUGGAACUUUCACCAGGGAGGACGGAGACCCCCCAGUCAACGAGAGUCUCAGCAUUGAGAACACCCUGUGGGCCAGCACCGUCGUGGCCUCCGGCACAGUGGUGGGGGUUGUGAUUUACACAGGCAAGGAGCUGCGCAGUGUCAUGAACACCUCCAACCCGAGACACAAGGUGGGUCUGUUUGACUUGGAAGUGAACUGUUUGACUAAGAUCCUGUUUGGGGCUCUUGUCGUGGUGUCGCUGGUCAUGGUGGCCCUGCAGCACUUUGCUGGCCGUUGGUACCUCCAGAUCCUGCGCUUCCUGCUGCUCUUCUCUAACAUUGUGCCGAUAAGUUUGCGUGUCAAUCUGGAUAUGGGAAAGAUGGUUUUCAGCUGGAUGAUUAAGAGAGACUCCAAGAUCCCUGGGACGAUGGUGAGGUCAAGCACCAUACCGGAGCAACUGGGACGCAUCUCCUACCUGCUGACCGACAAAACAGGUACUCUUACUCAAAAUGAAAUGGUGUUCAGGCGGCUCCAUCUUGGAACUGUGGCAUACGGCAUGGACUCGAUGGAUGAAGUACAGAGCCUUGUAUUCAGCGCUUACACGCAGCCCGCCCAUGACCUUCCAGCCUCCAGGGCUCCAGCGGCCACCAAGGUCCGCAAGACGAUCAUCAGUAGAGUUCACGAGGCCGUGAAGGCCAUCGCUCUGGUGCACAACGUGACGCCCGUAUACGAGGCCAACGGCGUGACGGACCAGGCCGAGGCGGAGCAGCAUUAUGAGGACACAUGCAGAGUCUACCAGGCCUCCAGCCCAGAUGAGGUGUCGCUGGUGCAGUGGACCGAGAGCGUUGGUCUGACACUGGUGGGAAGAGACCAGUCCUCCAUGCAGCUGCGGACCCCUACUGGCCAAAUACUGAACUUCACCAUCCUGCAGAUAUUUCCCUUCACCUAUGAGAGCAAGAGGAUGGGCAUUAUAGUGCGAGACGAGUCUACUGGCGAGAUCACGUUCUACAUGAAGGGGGCUGAUGUGGUGAUGGCGGGCAUCGUCCAGUACAACGACUGGCUGGAAGAGGAGUGUGGGAACAUGGCGAGGGAAGGCCUGAGGGUCCUGGUCGUCUCAAAGAAGUCUCUCACAGAGGAGCAGUAUCAAGACUUUGAGGCACGGUACGUCCAGGCCAAGCUCAGCGUCCAUGACCGCUCGCUGAAGGUGGCCACAGUGAUUGAGAGUCUGGAGAUGGAGAUGGAGCUGCUUUGUCUGACCGGGGUGGAGGACCAGCUCCAGACUGAUGUCAGGCCCACCCUGGAGAUCCUCCGUAACGCAGGAAUCAAGGUUUGGAUGCUAACGGGAGACAAGCUUGAGACGGCGACCUGCACCGCCAAGAACGCCCAUCUGAUCACCCGCAACCAGGACAUCCAUAUCUUCAGAUCCGUGACAACGCGAGGGGAAGCCCACCUGGAGCUCAACGCUUUCAGGAGAAAGCACGACUGCGCGCUGGUGAUAUCAGGAGACUCGCUUGAGGUUUGUCUGAAGUACUACGAGUAUGAAUUCAUGGAGCUCGCAUGUCAGUGUCCGGCUGUGGUUUGCUGCCGAUGCACCCCGACUCAGAAGGCUCAGAUAGUCCGACUGCUGCAAGAGCGCACAGGAAAGCUCACCUGUGCCGUAGGGGAUGGAGGAAACGAUGUCAGCAUGAUCCAGGAAGCCGACUGUGGCGUGGGAGUGGAGGGAAAAGAAGGAAAGCAGGCCUCACUGGCUGCAGACUUCUCCGUGACUCAGUUCAAACAUUUGGGCCGUCUCCUCAUGGUCCACGGUCGGAACAGCUACAAAAGGUCUGCAGCCCUCAGUCAGUUCGUCAUCCACAGGAGCCUGUGCAUCAGCACCAUGCAGGCGGUCUUCUCCUCUGUUUUCUACUUUGCCUCGGUCUCACUCUACCAAGGAUUCCUGAUUAUUGGCUACUCCACCAUCUACACAAUGUUCCCUGUCUUCUCCCUGGUCCUGGAUAAAGAUGUUAAGUCAGAGGUUGCCAUGUUAUACCCAGAAUUAUACAAGGAUCUCUUGAAGGGCCGACCGCUAUCGUACAAGACGUUUCUAAUAUGGGUCAUAAUAAGUAUCUACCAAGGCAGCAUCAUCAUGUACGGGGCGCUGCUGCUCUUCGACUCGGAGUUCGUCCACAUCGUCGCCAUUUCCUUCACCUCUCUCAUCCUGACGGAGCUGCUGAUGGUGGCGCUGACCAUUCAGACGUGGCACUGGCUCAUGAUCGUCGGCGAGCUGCUGAGCUUGGCCUGCUACGUCGCCUCGCUCGUCUUCCUGCACGAGUUCAUAGACGUGUACUUCAUCACCACAGUGUCGUUCCUGUGGAAGGUGACCGUCAUCACGCUGGUGAGCUGUCUGCCCCUUUACAUCCUCAAGUACCUCCGCAGACGCUUCUCCCCGCCCAGCUACUCCAAGCUGACCUCUUGAAGACUUGAAGCUUCAUUUGCUUUUGGAAAACUUAACAGAGGGCGCCCCUGUCUUCCUCCAGCAGAGAAUCCUUUUUUUAUUUUUUAUUUCGUCAAAACAAAAAAGUUGGAAAUAUGAAGCGCUGACACGUUUGUGUCAGGGACCGGUUGUUUACUGAGAGUUUUGUGUUGAAAAGCAGUGUUUGAUGCAAAGACUAACGCAUGAUUUAUCUAUGGGGAGAACACCUGCAGAGUUUAACUGACCCAUCUGUUGUCAGCUGACAAAAAUGUAAAUACGUGGUGUAAAAACUGGCGGCUGUUUCGCCGGUAUUUAUCAAAUGAAGGGACAGAAUCGGUACAUUAAAUUAUGCAGUUCUAGUUUUUUUUUUUUUUUUUUUAAUUCUAAUGUCAAAAUUCAUAUCAUGGGAAUUCUCACUCGACUUGUGUCAUUUCGGCUGAAAAGUGAUUUCCGCUUCCUCGUGAAAGAGUCAAAGCGACACUGGAAGAGACGCGUUGUCUCACGCUCUCAUUUCCAAAUGAAUCUCGACAACGAUGUGGUCAAUAAGCAAAGCCUUCGCUUGUGCGUUUUUGUUUGUGCGUCACCGCGAUGCAUCAGCCCGCCGCGGGCCGAGGGCGUGGGGGUCCUCGCUUCUUUUAGCAUGAGCUGUGGUGUCUGAUGUUAAAUCUGUCUUUGGCUCUUUUUUGUUUUUUCGGACCCUGAGUAUUUUGCGUUUUGGGCAGCCGCGGUCAGAGCAGCCACAAAAGGAGCGUCGGGUUAUUCGCAGCCGAACCUUCCACCGGGGGCUCCCGGGCCAGCGUGGUGGGGGGGGGGGAUGCAGCCAUGCUUCAGCAUUGCAUGAUGACUCACUGUAAGCGGGACCUGAAGCCAUAACUGAGAAUGCCCCAUGUGACCCGCUGCUCACUUCUUCUAGCCGCCCCCCCCCCUCCGUAGCGGUGACAAAAGAAAAAGAUCAAAUAGGAUGUGAAUAAAUGUCAAUGAAUAUUACAGCUGCAGAUUGGGAGAGUGGCGUGACGAUAUUCUGUAAAUAAUCGACAACUAACAGUAUAACAAUUAUUUCAUAUCUGUUUGUAUGUUUCUUGAUGAACCUUGAGUUGUCAAAUAGAAUCCAGGUGCCAUGAGUUAUCAUUUUCUCCAAUAUGUUCAACUUAUUCAAUAAGCGUGUUUGCACUGGACUUUGUUUUGUACACCCAUUAUUAUUAUUUUUGUUGUAAUAGAACUGCAAAACAUAAAUGAGGAAUUGAGUUGUUUUGCUUGUAAAUAACAAGUUCUUUUAUUUAUUAACACGUUUUAUUUAAUGGAGUCGAUUGCACUCAAAUGAACAAAAAGGGAGACUUGUAAUGAUGUCAGUGUUGUGAUGAUUAAUAGUUCUUAUGUUUUUUUUUCUUCUUUUUCCUACGCCAUUUAUUUUCAUUUAUUUAACAAUAAAAAAAACAAGAAUUCAUAUCCAA